AUGUUUAUAAUGAAAGCGAAUCAUAUGUGAAAGAAUGUGGUUCUGAUUGUAUUAAAGAAAAUACAGGACAGAUAAGCGAUAAGUUUAGAAAAUUUUUUGACGAUUACGUUUUAGCAGGCAAAGACUUAAAAUUAUUAAAUAAAUUCUAG